AUGUACUCACGUGUAUUCAUCCGUUCACUUUCUUCCACCCGUUACUUGGCCAAUUCAGCUAAAAAUGCUAAACCACCAUUACAAUUGUUUGGAAUUGAUGGAACAUAUGCCAAUUCAUUAUACUCAGCAUCAAUUCAACAAUCCGAUAUGAACCAAACUUACAAUUCAUUGAAGAAAGUUGAAAAUGUCAUAAAAGGAGAUCCAAAAUUAGAAGAAGCAUUGACUGACCCUUCAUUAACUAGAGAUGAUAGAGUUUCAAUUAUAAAAGAAGUUAAUAAAAAUUUAGAAUUAGAUAAUACUACUGCUAACUUUUUAUUAGUUUUAGCUGAAAAUAAUAGAUUAGGUAAUUUCCCAUCAAUUUUUAAAAAAUUUGGAAUGUUAAAUGAUGCUCAUAAUGGUAUAGUAGAAGCAAAAGUUACAAGUGCAAAACCUUUAGAAUCAAAAGUAUUAAAAAGAUUACAAAAUUCAAUUGGUAAAAGUAAUUUUGUUGGAGAAGGUAAAACUUUAAAAUUAACUAAUGAAGUUAAUCCAGAUAUUCAAGGUGGUUUAGUUGUUGAAGUUGGUGAUAGAACUGUUGAUGUUUCAAUUUCAAAUAAAGUUGCAAAAUUAAAUCAAACUUUAAGAGAAAACUUAUAG